AUGACACCUGGCAUCCAGUCCCCCUUCUUCCUGCUGCUGCUUCUCCCAGUGCUUCCAGCCCACAAUAACACUUCAGCCCCAACUGCAGGGACUUCAUCAGCCUCAGCUGCCACUUCAGUACACAGUGGCACUUCUACUAUGGCUACUACAACCCUACUUGACAAGGGUACUAAAUCCUCAGUUUCCAGCCAGCCAUCUGACAUUUCCACCACCACUGCCAACAUGAGCAAUAGUAGCAAUAGCCAUAGCACGGUGCCUCCCUUCACCUCCUCCAAUCAUAGUUCUCCUUCCCAGGUGUAUGUUAGGGUCUCUUUCUUCUCCCUGUCUUUUUACAUUUCAAACCUCAAGUUUAAUUCUUCCCUGGAAAACCCUGAAACCAACUACUAUCAAGAACUGCAGAGGAACAUUUCUGAAUUGGUUUUGCAGGUUUAUAAACAAGAUGGUUUUCUGGGCCUCUUUAAUAUCAUGUUCAGACCAGGAUCUGUGGUGGCAGAACUGACUCUCGUCUUCCGGGAGGGUACCACCAAUGCCAAGGAAGUGAUGUCACAGUUUCAUCAGCUUAAAGAGGAAGGAUCCAAUUAUAACCUGAACAUCUCAGGAAUCAAAGCGAAUGAGGUGCUGUUUCCUUCCUCUGCCCAGUCUGGGUCUGGGGUACCAGGCUGGGGCAUUGCCCUGCUGGUGCUGGUCUGUGUUCUACUUGCGUUGGCCAUCUUAUAUCUCAUUGCCUUGGCGGUGUGUCGGUGUCGCCAAAAGAACUAUGGGCAUCUGGAUAUCUUUCCAUCCCGGGAAACCUACCAUCCUAUGAGUGAAUACCCCACUUAUCACACCCAUGGGCGCUAUAUGCCCCCUGGAAGUACCAACCGUAGCCCCUAUGAGGAGGUGUCUGCAGGCAAUGGCGGAGGCAGCCUCUCUUACACGAACCCAGCAGUGGCAGCCACUUCUGCCAACUUGUAGGGACAGGUCACCUGCUCAGCCUCAGCUGCCAGAAGUGCCUCAGGUUCUCC